AUCAGCUGGGAAUGGUUUGCAUACAAGACUUCUUUAGCAAUUGGCUGGUAAGUGGCUUCAUGCACAAAGUACAUCUCAGGUCCUCAAACACUUGGGAUGCAGUAUAAAAACCAGCACUGUGCAGCCGCUGCCAUCCACUUUUUCUCUUUUAAUCUCCUUGGUGAAAGGAUUUCCCUCCACCCCAGAGAAAUGUCCUGCUAUGACCUGUGUGCUCCCACCCCCUGCGGCCCAACCCCGUUGGCCAACAGCUGCACUGAGCCCUGUGUGCGCCAGUGCCAGGACUCCACCUACAUCAUCCAGCCCUCUCCCGUGGUGGUGACCCUGCCAGGACCCAUCCUCAGCUCCUUCCCCCAGAACACCACUGUGGGAUCCUCAGCCUCUGCAGCUGUGGGGGAUGUUCUCAGUGCAGCGGGGGUCCCCAUCUCCUCUGGCAGCUCCUCAGGGCUUGGGAGCCUUGGCUAUUCCGGUCUGGGGGGCCUUUAUGGGAGGUUCUACCGCCGCUACAACCGCCGUGGGAGCUGCGGGCCAUGCUAAAGCCCCAUGCAGAAAGCACAGAUGAAAUAGCAACAAGAAGCUUGAAAGCUCGAUCCAGAUGCAGGACUGAGUUCAUGACCAUGGCCUUGUGCUUGCUGACCACCCUCAGCUUUGCCCUGAGCUCAUGGGACUGCAGAGCUUGGCAUUUCUGAUCCAAUGCCUUUCUCUGAGGUGAAAAAUGUAGCAUAUAGUUGCACUAGGAGUUGGGUGUCCAGCUGUAAAGCAUUGCCUUGAAUUAGGAGAUUAUUUUAAUCCACAAUGAAACCUAUUGCUUUCUUAUGCUGUUCAUUUUUUUAGCUGUGGUUCUACUUCUUGCUCAUUAAACUCAUGGUGCAUCAUAAACAACA